GAAACACACCGAGACGAGAAACCAGUGAAUGUCGAAUGAAACCUACCUUUAGGGCGUUUGGUCCGGCAGCAGUUUCUCAGGAGGCUGCUCUCCCAGGACCCGAGUUAACGGCCGCCAUCUUCACAGGCGCUGGACCACAACAAGGCGCAUGCGCCACCCUCGUGAGGCCUGUCAGCGACACUCACUCACUCCCAUUGGUUGGCGGACCAGCGCCGCCCCUCAUUCACUCAGUUCUGAGGAAGGGUCACCGGACCUGAAACAUUGAGUCUGAUUUUUGUCUUCGCGGUUGCUGCCAGAUCGGCUGAGGUUUUCCAGCAACUUCUGUUUUUGUUCCUUAUUCACUCUCAUUGGCUCAGAGACACCCGUGGGUGAGGAGCAAUGGAGUGAGCGCAGGAGAGGGGAGGAGUGAAUGGAACAAACGGUGUGGGGAGAAAACAGGAACAAUUGCCUCAUUCAGCCAUGUAUGUCCCAACUCUGCAUUUCCUUUUCAAGGUUGAUUUGUAAUUAGCGGAGUCAUAUGAAACCAUAUCCAGGUCUGACGGGCAUUCUGUUUAUUGGAACUGAAUUAUCAAAGAAUUUUGAACAUGGCAGGAAAGAGUACAUUCAACACUGGGGAGAAAUACACCUCCUGUGUGUGAAAGCGUCUGCCAGCAGUUACCUGAAAUGUCCAAACACCAGUGCAGUCAUACAGGAGAGAUACUGUGGGAAUGCGGGGAUUGUGGGAGGGGACUAUUUUACCAAUCCCAGCUGGAAACUCACCAACACGGUCACACUGGAGAGAAGCCAUUCACCUGCUCUGAUUGUGGGAAGAGAUUCAAACAGUCAUCCGACCUUCUGACACACCAGCGAGUUCACACUGGAGAGAGACCAUUCAUUUGCUCCAUCUGUGGGAAAGGAUUCACUCAGUCAUCCAACCUGCUCACACACCAGCGGGUUCACACUGGAGAGAGACCAUUCACUUGCUCUGUGUGUGGGAAGGGAUUCACGUCGUCAUCCACUCUCCGAAUGCACCAGCAAGUUCACACUGGCGAGAAACUGUUCAGCUGCUCCCAGUGUGGGAAGAGAUUCACUCUGUCAUCCUCCCUGCGGAGACACCAGCGAAUUCACACUGGGGAGAAACCAUUCACUUGCUCAGUGUGUGGGAUGGUAUUCACUCUCACAACUGACCUACUGAGACACCAGCGAGUUCACACUGGGGAGAAACCGUUCGCCUGCUCUGUGUGUGGGAAGGGCUUCAGUCAGGCAUCCAACCUGGUCACACACCAGCGAGUUCACACUGGAGAGAGACCAUUCAGUUGCUCUGAUUGUGGGAAAGCAUUCACGCAAUCAUCCAACCUGCUGAGACACCAGCAAAUUCACAAAUAACCACGGUUAAAGUAUUUUUUUUUCUGUUACUCACACCACGGAAUGAAGAAUGGUCUUUUGCAGUUAAAAUGUUAAUAAAAUUGUGUAUCCGGAGUACAUAGUUUUGUAAAUGAUCACAACAUUGUUGUAUAUGCACACAUUACACUCUCUACCCAGUGUGACUUCUGUGAUCUGAAAUAACACUAAAAUUGUUGGAGAAAGUUUGCAUGUCUGGAAUUUUCUGUGUAACACAUUCUGAAGAAUAAUAAUUGGAACUGAAACAUUAACUUUCUCCACAAUGCUACCAGACCUCUGAGUUUCGCCUGCACUUUAUUAUGACAUUAACAUGAUUCAAGAGACAUUUAAGAAAAAUGAAAAAAUAAUCAAAUCCUGGAAAACUGAAAAGAACAAACAUGGGGAUAGGUCCCACAGAAUUAGAAAGUGAUAAAUUAAUGGAGACAGUUUUGGAUGAAACUCCUUCAGCAUGAUCACCUUCUGGCACCAAUGUUAUGGAGGUGGUUAUUUUAAAAAAUGUAAAUUAAUUUGUCAGACUCCCACAAUGGUCACACUCUUGGUGAGGUAAUAAUUUCUAGCUCAGCUUGGAUUACUGAACAUCGUUUUAUGUUUACCAAUGCAAAAGAAACUUAAACCUGCCGGAUCACUUUCAGUCAGGAAGAGUCUUAGGUUUACACUAAUCUCUCGUUUGAAGCAUAUUUCCAGCCUUCAUCGUUGUUCUUCCUCUGAUAUUUAAUCCAGUUGUAAAUGAGAUUCUGUUCAUGUCUCGGAGCUCUAAGCCACAGAAGACAGUGGCUGAGACAAAUUUCUUACACACUGCAGGAUUACCUCACACCAGGGCUUUGCUGUCAGUGGGGACAGAUUUGAAAGACCAAAGUGCUAUUUGUCGCACACACUGUGAGCCUGAAGGAAGGAUGUGUCCAGGCUGCAGUUCCAUUACUGCCAUUCGAUCUUCCCCUGAGAUUGUCCUGUCUGAGCUCCAGGUGAUAUUAAACACUCAGGGGAGAAAUACAUCAAUCUCCAGUGACAAGUUUGAAGCAAAGCUGAUUUAUUCAAUGCCUCUCCAGAAUAUUCAACUCCAGUCCAAUUUAAAGAGGUUACUAACAACAGAGAGAAAUUCCAAUGGUCAGAAUUAAAACUUUAGAAAAUUAUAGUACAGAUCGAGGCCACUUGGCCCAUCGUGUUGGGUUGAAAUAAAAUUAACCAGGCUAAUCCCAUUCUGCAGAUAUCAGUCCAUAGCCCUGUAUGUUUCACAUUUCAAGCAUAUCCAUUUCUUUUAAAAUAUGACUAAGGGUUCUGCCUUGACCAUCCAUCAGACAGUGAGAUCCAGCUCCCCAUCAUCUCUGGAUGAAAUUAUUUCUCACCUCCCCCUCUUUCUGUGAAUUACCUUAAGUCUAAAACUGCCCAUUACUAACCUCCCUCAAAAUGAAUAGUUCCUUCCUAUCCACUAUCAGGGCUCCUCAUUAUCUUAUCACUUCAAUUAAAUCUCACCUUGGUGUCCUCUGUUCCACAGAAAACAACCCUAGCCCAUCCAAUCUUUCCUCCAAGCUGAAAUUCUCCAAUCUGGGAAUCAUCCUCAUCAAUCUCCUCUGUAAUAACAUCUAUCCUGGAAUAUGGGGACCAGAACUGAGUGCAGUGCUUUAGCUAUGGGUCAAGUCUGUGCUCUUGUCAAUCACAAACAGAGGGUGGUGCAUAUAUGGAACGAGGUGUCAGAGGUACUGGUAGAGGCAGGUGCAAUUACAACAUUUAAAAGACAUCUAGACAAGUAUGUGGAUAGGGAAGUUAUAGAAGUCUAUGAGCCAAACACAGGCAAAUGGGACCAGUUCACUUUAGUAAUGCUGGUCAGCAUGUGAGAGUGAGGUCAAACGGUCUGUUUCUGUGCUGUCAUUCUGAUAAUCCUGAUUUUCCCAAAUGAAACUGGAUGUGUACUCCAUGGGUCAGGGAUACCCUGCCUUGUGUUUAUUUAUGAACUAAAUGAAAAUAAAUUUCAGGUUUAAAUAAAAAUUCUUCAGCUACUCUUCAAUCAACUUAUUCUAUUAUACUGAAAUCACCUUCUUCAAAAGGAAGUUAACCAAAAUGUUUUCCUUAAUUAUUAUUUUUGAAACACUGCAGAUUUUAAAUUGCUGAAAAAAAAUUCGGAUAUAUUCACUGUUGCAAUCAUUUGUAGGUUAGCUUUAUCAGCUACACUCAAUGCAUUUAACACUGACUGUAAUUAUAUGAAUAAAUUGACUUUGGUUUUAAGAUGAUUAAUCAAGUCUGAAUUUCUAAUUGAUCAAUGUGACAACAAGAGCUCCCCUCAGUACUCCAGCUAUGCUCUAAGUAGUGUUUUCUGAAGUUCCAACAUUACCUCCAUGCUCUUAUGUACAUUGAGCUUGACCAAAUACCUCACUGCCCUCCUUUCUGCCUGUCCAGCCACCUUUGGGGAAUCCAUGGAUGUGACUCCAAGGUCUCACUGUUCCUCGACACUUCACAGUAUCUGACCAAUUAUUGCGCCUUUUUUUUUGCCCUGUUGGCCCUGUCUUCUCAGAUUCAUUAUCUGCAGAAUGAAUUCCAUUGGCCUUGUUUCUGCCUGUUUGAGUAGUCCAUUGACAUCAUGCAGUCUGCAGUAUAUUCCUCAUCAGCCACCACACAACCAACUUCUGUCAUAUCUACAGUUUUUUUCAUCAUGACCUCUACAUUGAAGUCUAAAUCCUUGAUAUAUACCACAGAACUGUGGAACCCAACUGGAAAUGGGCAACCAGCAAGGUUCAGUCCUGGAUGCAGUUAACAAAAGCAGUAACAGCAGAAUCCAAUUGCUGGUGUCUCCGGUGAAGUUGCUGGUGUCUCCGGAGGUUGUGUGACUGAGUGAAUCCUUUACCACACACUUUGCAGAUGAACGGUCCCUCCCCAGAGUGAAUCUGUUGGUGUUUCAGCAGACUC